AUGACGUAUGCAGUGCGGAGUGCGCGCCACUCCCAUUUGUCGUAUACUGCACAUGCGCCUACGGCCUGUUUCGCCUUAAAGCGCCCUGCGCGUCAGUUUCCGCCGGCAAGCGUGUGCCCGCCCGCCAUUGAGUGUUUUAAGAAGGCGAGAUGUCAGCUUCGCGCUUUUGUGCAUAUUCCCGCGGUGGACGUCGAUCCAGACGGCGUCUUUAAGUACGUCCUGAUCCGCGUGCACAGCACCGAGGACGACGACAGUACCGACAUCGUCAGGGGUUUCGCCUCGGCCGAGUACCACGCGGAUAUCUAUGAUAAAGUGGCUGAAGAAAUUGAGAAGCUGGGAGGCUUUGACUGCGAAUGUCUCGGAGGCGGCCGGAUUCAGCACGACAGCCAGAAGAAGAAGAUUCAUGUCUACGGAUAUUCUGUGGGUUUUGGUCGGGCAAACAAUGCUGUUGCCACGGAAAAGCUGAAAGCCAGGUAUCCGGAUUAUGAGGUCACCUGGGCUGACGAAGGGUAUUAAGAACUGGCGCCGCACCCUCAUGGAGUGGACUGAAGAUGAGGUGACGUUCUGGGGCCAUCACCAUCCUGCCCUUAGCUUUACGACUGACUUCCUUUCUUGUCAUCAGGGUUUGUGGUCGGUGGCUCAUUUCCUCACAUUGGACUUGUUCUCUCAAGAAGGGUUUGGCUUUCGUUUUCUUUUUCUUUCCUGCCUUUCCAGUUUUCCAUUACAUAACUGAACCGGGGGCAUCCCCAGGAUUUCUUAGACACGCUGCUUGUUAGGCAGCUCAAUGGGAGUCCACCUUUGGACUGUAGUGGCAGUCGUUGACAAGGAGACCUGCAAACUUGAGAGACCUUCAUUCAGGGGGGAUUCUAGAACAAACAAUUGAAGGACAUCUUCUGAGUCGUCCUUAGCAAAAUGAAAAUGCAGGUUUGACACCCCAGAGGAGCUCCAGUGAACUGUAAAGGGGGGGAAAGGCGGCAGAUGGUGCCUUGUCCUGAUUGGCCAUCAAUAAAUGUAAAUCCUGCUAAUGAGA